AUGGGUAUCUGGGAUACGAUUCAGGACCUCGUCGAGGCAGUCACGCCGUGGGGCGCGGCCGAAGCCGAAGCUCCAGCUGAGGACAAGGCCGCAGCGGCGCCCGAAGCAGACGAUGACGAUUCUGGCGAGGAAGAGGAGGAGGAGGAAGAUGACGACGAACCCAAGGACCCCAAGGAUCAAUUUGAAGAAGACUGCAAGAACUCGAAGCAGUGCGCUCCCGCUAAGCACCACUUCGACGAGUGUGUCGAGAGGGUUACCAACCCCCCCGAUGGCGGCGAAACCGACGAGGACUGCGUUGAAGAAUGUAAGAAGAGAGCUCUCCCGAGCCGGCGCCCCGCUCCCGGCAGAGAAGCGCGUGCUCCGGUGCGCUGA